AUAGUUCCACCUCCCGAGCGUAGCAUUCUUUUUAAAGUGCACAGAUUCUGUGUUUUGCUUCUGGUAGUGAGCGGAGAGAGUUAGCUUUCACAGUCUUAUGACUUCGCAUUAUUAUUUAUCCUGCCCAUAACAGCCUCUGACACACCGCCGGACGUUCUGACAACACAAACGACUCGUCAGAAGGCCCGUUAUCUGCUGUUCUUCGAAAGGGGGAGUGCCUGUAUUUGCACCUUUAGCUUGUGAGCUAACGUUAGCAGCAUCAGGUUGACCCAUGUCCUCUGAGGAGGCUCUCAGCUCCACACUCUCACACUGGCUCUCCUUUAACUCCUGGUGGCUGCUCCUGCCCUUCGUCAUGCUCCUGGUGAUGGCUGCUUUCAUCGUGGCCUUCGUGCUGCUGCUGUACAUGAUAUCGCCGUUAAUAAGCCCCAAACCCCUCAAACUCAACGGGGCCCAUGUGGUGGUGACUGGAGGCAGCAGUGGGAUUGGGAAGUGUAUUGCCAUGGAAUGCUACAAGCACGGUGCCUUCAUCACUCUGGUGGCUCGAGAUGAGCACAAACUGGUUCAAGCAAAGAAAGAGGUGGAGAAAUGUGCCAUAAACGAUAAGCAGGUGGUACUGUGCAUUUCAGUUGAUGUGUCAAAGGACUACAGUCAAGUGGAAAGUGUCAUAAAGCAAGCUCAGGAGAAGUUGGGUCCAGUGGAUAUGCUGGUGAACUGUGCCGGGACGGCAAUAUCCAGGAAGUUUGAGGAAGUGGAAGUAGACUGCUUCAAGAGACUGAUGGAGGUAAACUAUCUGGGCAGCGUUUACCCCACGCGGGCUGUCAUCACUACUAUGAAAGAGAGGCGGAUGGGCCGCAUCAUGUUUGUGUCAUCACAGGCAGGGCAGAUCGGUCUCUUCGGAUACACGGCCUACUCACCGUCCAAAUUCGCACUGAGGGGUCUGGCUGAGGCCUUGCAGAUGGAGAUGAAGCCGUAUAAUAUCUAUGUGACUGUGGCGUAUCCUCCAGACACAGACACCCCAGGUUUUGCAGAGGAGAAUAAGACCAAGCCUCUGGAGACCAGGUUAAUUUCGGAGACGUCUGGAGUCUGUCAGCCUGAGCAAGUGGCAAAAAUUGUGGUUAAGGAUGCCUUGCAAGGAAAUUUCACCAGCUCAUUUGGUCCUGAUGGAUACAUGCUGUCAGCGCUCACCUGUGGGAUGUCACCUGUCACCUCCAUCACUGAGGGCCUGCAGCAGAUUGUGACCAUGGGGCUGUUCCGCACCAUCGCUCUUUUCUACCUGGGCAGCUUCGACAGUAUCGUCCGCCGCUGCAUGAUCCAGAGGGAACAGUCCAAAGCAGCUGACAAGAGGGAGUAGCUCCAGCGUCCCCACCACUGUCCACCUCCAUCACCACUACAUUCCCCAUACACUCUCACUCAGCACUCACAACCUGACCUGGCAGACAUAUUGGGUAAUGGAGGUCCACACUGAAAAAAGAAGAUUUUGUUGUCUGUGUGUUUAUUUUCAGUAGAGGCGUUAUAAGGUUUAGAGUCCAUCCUUUAAAAUAGUUCCAGCUUUUUCCUGUGUCUCUUUCAGGGCCCCAACCAUUCCAGUUUGAUUGAAAGUUCUGGGCAUGCUGCAUCAGUAUUUGGAGGUCUUUUGUUAAAAGAGAGAAAAAAAAAAAAAUUGUAAUUCCAUUUUAAUUGUUUGCUCAUUGGCUUGAAACGGCUGAGCGGUCACUGCCUCUAAUGAAUUCCUGUGUUUCAGAGGGUUUGUGGUCGUUCAUCUUAAAUGUGUCCCAGUUCUUGCAUGCUCGAAUACAGAAUGAAAAUAAGUAGCAUUUUCUGGCCUUCUGAUUUCUUGUUCUAAUCUGUUUCCGUAAAACUGUUGUAGAGAUUGACUGAUAUUGUUUUGACCUUCAUGACUGAUAGUUCGAUACCAAUUCUGCUUAUGCAUUAUGAAUAUUGUUAUUUUUCAUAGUAAUAAUAUUAAUAAAAAUAGUAUUUAUUGGUAGACCAGAUAUUAAAGAACAGAUAAAUGAACUAGAAUUACGUAGAAAAGUUCCAAAAAUCUGUUUAUGGUAUUUAUCGUAGACCCGAUAUAAAAGAACUGAUUAAGCUAAAUUAUGUUGAAAAGUGCCAAUGUCCAAAGUAAUAUUGGUGUUAAAAUGCUGCCCCAAUACAGAUUCUGCUUGUCAACACAAAAAUAACUAAAUUAAUAGUAUUUAUCGGUAGACCUGAUAUUAAAGAACCAAUAAAUUAAGUAGAAUUAUGUAGAAAAGUGUGAAUUUCCAAAAGAAAUAUCAGUGUUAAAAAAACAACACCGUUACAGAUUUGGCUUUUUAACACAAUAAUAACUAAAUCACUAAACUACAACAAUAAAAACAUAUGCAUUAUGAAAAUAGUAAUGGUAUUUAUCGGUAAACCUGAUUUUUGUUUUAAAGGUCUCAUACAUGCAUGCAAGGUCAAAAAACACUUUAAUUUGCUCAUAAUUUAAAUUGCAGAAUUACCUUUUUGUCCCAGUGUCAAAAACGACUCCUUCAAUGAUCCGUUCUAAAGGAUUCAUUCUAAACUCCUCCUUUCAGAGAGCCUACUCUGCUCUGAUUGGUCAGAUGUCCCAGUCUAUUGUGAUUGGUCUACCGCUUAGUGUAGUGUUUGAGGGCGGGUCAAAGCUGUUCGCGAGCAGCCAAUGAAGACCAAAUUAUGUAGGUUAGUACAGGAAGUAAGUCUGGAAUUAUUAACGACUCGUUUCAGGUGUUCAGAUUCGGUUCUUUCUUUUGGGAGUCAAUAACUCCAUUUGUCGUGCACUUUGAUUUUUGAAACUUUGCAGACUUUUUUACAUUCACAAACAGCUAUAUAACACACUACAUGAAAGGUAAUAUUAGAAAAACCAUAAUAGGUGUUGUAAUAAAUCUCUUUAAAGAACCGAUAAAUUAAAUAGAAUUAUGUAGAAAAGUGCCAAUGUCUGAAAAACAUAUUGUUAAAAUGCAUACAAUAAUUUAAUACAAUAAUAAUUCAUCAUUAAACUACAACAAUAAAAACAUAUGCAUUAUGAAUAUAGUAAUAAUAUUUAUCAGUAGACAUGAUGAUAUAACCGAUAAAUUAAAUAGAAUUACAUGGAAAAGUGUCAAUGUCCAAAAGAAAUGUUAAAAUGCAGCACCAUUACAGAUUUUAUGUUUUAACAUAAUGAUAGCUAAAUCACUCAACUAAAACGAGAAAAAAAAAGAUGCAUUAUGAAUAUACAGUAGUAAUGGUAUUUAUCAGCAGACCCAAUAUUAAAGAAUCAAUAAAUAGAAUUACGUAGAAAAUAUUGGUGUUAAAAUGAAGUACUAUUGCAGAUUUAGCUUUUUCUAAAUCACUAAACUACAAAAAUAAAAAAUAUGCAUUAUAAAUAUAGUAAUGGUGUUUAUCUGUAAACCCGAUAUUAAAGAACUUGAAAAAAAUAAUAGAAUUUAGUAGAAAAGUGCCAUUUAAAAAUAAAUUUUAAAAAUGUUGGCGUGAAAAUGCAACACCAUUACAGAUUUUGCUUUUAAUACAAUAAUAAUUCAUCAUUAAACUACAACAAUAAAAACAUAUGCAUUAUGAAUAUUGUAAUAAUAUUUAUCGGUAGACAUGAGAUUAUAACUGAUAAAUAAAUAGAAUUACAUGGAAAAGUGUCAAUGUCCAAAAGAAAUAUGAGUGUUAAAAUGCAGCACUGAUACAGAUUCUGCUUUUUAAAACAAUAUUAAUAAAUUAAUGGUAUUUAUCAGUAGACCUGAUAUUAAAGGACCGAUAAAUUAAAUAGAAUUACGUAGAAAAGUGCCAAUGUCUGAAAAACAUAUUGUGUUAAAAUGCAGCACUGUUGCAGAUUCUACUUUUUAACACAGUAAUAAUAAUUCACUAAAUUACAACAAUAAAAACACACAAACCCAAUAUUAAAGAACCAAUAAAGAAUUAAGUAGAAAAAAGUUGAUGUCAGUAAAAUAACCGGCAAACCAAUUUUCGAUCCAUCUCUAUUUCAUUACUACCUUAUUCAACUUACAUUCCUCUAUAAAUAUGAUGUUACCAUUGCUAAAGAGCUCCAGCUUCCUUUCAUAUACCUUGCAAUCUUUAUGCUUACUCAACAGCUGUCCAAUGUUCUUCUGGCUGGUCCAUGAUGUUCCUCUAUGUUCUUAGUAAAGCACUGUAUCUUCCUGCUUUUAGAUUUCAUCGUUGUAAGGUAAACACACGGGACUUCUGUGUUGUCUGAUGAAACAACCUGAGUCUGCCACUCUGCCUUAUCCUUUUUGCUCUGUGUGGGAGGUCAUGAAGGAAAUGUUUACCUUUUGUGUAAAUGUGCGUGCUUGUAUAUAGAUAUGUCUGCUUGUACGCAUGUGUUUUGGUGACCUCAGGGCCUUCUAAGGGUUCAAUGAACUGAAGGAUGGGUCAGGCAGGAGAAGCCAUUGAGGUGACAGCUUGCUGGUUCAAGGCACCGCACCUUUUUGCCAGCAGGUGAAACUGUCGAUCCAAAUGGAUCAGGUGUAGCGAGAGCAAAACUCUAAAUAUCGAUCAGCUCACAUUAGUAGAGCUGAUCUAGAAUCAGAAUAAUCGUAUUUACCUACAAAGAGCAAAGGCUGAACAGAUAUCAGCAGUCUUAGUCCAGAAAUUACAUUUAAUUUAACAUUUAGUGAAUAGACGUAUCAAGCGUACAUUUUAUUGUUCACACAGGCAUUUCAAAAACUGUAGAUGUUGUGAAGCUUGAUCUGAUUGUUAUCCCAAAACAAGCAAUAUGGCUUCCACAAGAGAAGUGAAUCUCCUUAUGCUCUGCUCUGUUGUGACGUAAAAUGGACAUUAUUGUGUUUUCUGGUUAAUGCUUUUCAAACGUCCCCUUGUUCUGACUCCACCUGUUAUGUCAUAUUAACAACAAACUAGAGCUAGAGAGAAAAUGACAUUUACUCGCACUGUUGUCAUAUUUGCCUUUAUGUGCACAAAGCGGUCAAGUUAAAAAGAAAGUUCACCCAAAAAUUUGAAUUCUGUCAUCAUUUACUCACCAUCCAUCAUGUUGUUCUAAACCUGUAAGACUUUCUUUCUUCCUUCGAAUACAAGUGGAUUUUUGAUGAAUAUCCUGCAUGUUGAUAAGUUUAAAGGGAUAGUUCACCCAAAAAUGAAAGUUCUCAUCAUUUACUCACCUUCAUACCAUCCCAGAUGUGUAUGACUUUUUUUCUUCUGCUGAACACAAACAAGGAUUUUUAGAAGAAUAUUUCAGCUCUGUUGGUCCAUACAAUGCAAGUGAAUGGGUGGCAAAAUUUGGACACUCCAAAAACACAUAAAGGAAUCAUAAAAGUAUCCAUAUGACUCAGUUCACAUAAGACAGUGUUUUAAUCCAUGUCUUCAGAAGUGAUAUGAUAGAAACAGAUCAAUAUUUAAGUCAUUUUUUGCUAGAAAUUCUUCUCCCUGCCAGUAGGGGGUGGUAUGCAUGAAGAAUAUGAAUCACCAAAAACACAAGAAGAAGAAUGGGAAAGUAAAAGUGGAGAUUGGCUGAGCAAGGAGGAGAAUUUAUAGUAAAAAAAGGACUUAAAUAUUGAUCUGUUUCCUCACCCACACCUACCAUCGCUUCUGAAGACAUCAAUUUAACCUCCUUAUGAGUCUUAUGGAUUACUUUGAUGUGCUUUUUGGAACUUCAAAGUUCUGAUCACCAUUCACUUGCAUUGUAUGGACCAAAAGAGGUGAGAAAGUUUUCUAAAAAUCUUCAUUUGAGUUCAGCAGAUGAAAGAAAGUCAUACACAUCUGGGAUGGCAUGAGGGUGAGUAAAUGAUGAGAGAAUUUAAAUUUUUGGGUGAACUCCUUUAAAGUGAAUGGAGACUGAAGCUGUCGAGCUCCAAAAAGCCACAAAAAAAAGUGACAAAUGUCAUCCAUACACCUUCCGCACAAUACGCUUCAUAUGGGGAUGAAAGAAAGUCAUUCGGGUUUGGAACUACAUGAGUGUGUAUAAAUGAUGACAGAAUUCAAAUUUUUGGGUGAACUAUUUCUUUAAAUCAGUGUAACUCUUUAUUUGUGAACCUAUUGUUGUUUUAUGCCGCUCCGUUUUUCCUAGAAAUAAUUGACCAAUGCAGUCUGGCUCUACAGUUGUGGAGGCCCAUUCCAAGCCUUAAGAGAUAUGAACGCAGACCACUAUAAAGUCUAUAUGGGUGGAUACAUCCACAACCAGCUAUGGCGUAGAUUGUGUAUGGUUUACGUCAGGGGUUGGCAACCUAUGGCACGCAGGGGUAAUCACUGGCAACGGUGAGAGAGUAGAAGACUAUUUUAUACAUAUGAAAUGCCACACCUGCAUUCCAAUCUACAUCUUAAUGUAAUCCUUCCUCAUGAUCAUGCAGUGUGUUUUCAUGAGUUGAAUGGGAGGCUAAACAAGAAGUACAAAUGUGACGAGACUGCAGUAUACCCAACAGAUUCGUGCAGCGUAUGCAAGCCAUUCAUGCAUCACGAGCCGGCAGCGCUUCACUUUCGGUUAAUUGCAAAUUAACUUUGCAAAUUGCAAAAGUAAACGCACCCGCUUUGGUCAGGCAGCGCGGAUGACAUUCUGUGUUUUUGUUUCUUUUUGCUUACAGAACAACACGUGAUGUAAUAAGGAAAACACCACUGUUAAUCCUUGAGAUUUCCAACCCAGCAUCCUUAAACCAUGGUCACACUCAAAAUUACAUUAAAAGAUUAAAAGAGAAAACAUAAACCCACAUAGUGGGGUUCAAAAAAUAUUUUCAGAUCAAUUCAAAAUAUAAAUUAAACCUGGAAAUAAAGUUUUAGGAUUUUGCUGGAGCGACUCACCGAAAAGGGCUAAAUAGUUGAUCGGCUUGUGAUGUGCGAAUGGCUUGCACGCGCAGUGUGAGUCUCGUUACUAAUAGUGUUUAAUCUCCCAUUCAACUGAUGAAAACAUGCUGCGUGAUCAUGAGGAAGGAUUACAUCAAGAUGUAGAUUGGAAUGCAGGUGCGAAAAACUUCUUAUAAAUAAAAUAUCCUGCUCCUCUCUCUCUGUUGCGUGCUAGUGAUAACAUGAUUACAAUGGCAUAAUAUAAGAAAUAUUUAAGAUUCCACACAAUUUUGUGAUCAGUAAUCAAAUAAGCAAAAUUGUGACAUUAACUGUUACUCAUUUUGUGCCAAAGGACAAGUUUUCUUUCAUUAAAGCACUUUCACAUGAUGCUCUAUGAAAAUUCACAUGCAUGAUUUUUCACAUGCGGGUUUUGCACAAAUUUUUCUCUCAAACUGUUAUGCUGAUAAUAUCAUUUGUAAUGAAAAUAAGCGAUUAAAAUAGAACAAUGUAAAAUAGGAAUAUUUUCGUCGACACAGCCAUUGACCAGGAAAAUAAAAAAUGGCACUCCAUGUCAAAAAGGUUGCUGACCCCUGGUUUAUGUAAAUUGUUUUAGACUCAACUGGUCUAAGAUAAAAAUGCAUUGUUUUUGUUAGAUUGAUUUGUUCUUUGUUUGCUAUGGAUAUUAUUUUUCUUUUUUUUUUAUAAAAAAAAAAAAAAAAGACCCAAAAUAUGAAAGUGAGAAUGUAUGAGUCAAAUGAUGAUGUUCUCAUUUGAUAUUGGCUCAAGGCACGUCGUCCAGCACUUACAGUAGUAGUUAAAUAGGUGCUGAUAUGUGUCAGACCUACGAUUGAGUUGUACCCUCUUCCAUCACAUGGACAUAGUCAAUUGUUUAGUUGUUAGAAGCUAACAGUAGAGAAAUUGUUUUAACUUCUUAAAGCUAUGCAAAUCAAGCCUGUGCUCACAGUUCAUUCAAACACUUGAGAAAAUACUUGCAUUUUUUAUUGUCUUCUGCUCUAGUUGACUUUUAUUGAUUGAAGUCGAGGUAUAUUUCUGGAAAAGAUAUGUAGUUUAUUAGUAACUUUUAAAAGAAAACAAAGACCACCUUGGAUAGGUUCUGCUUCUAUCUAUGUCUGAUAAGUUUUUUUGGUUGUGUUGUUGCCAAACUUGCAUAAGUUUCACCUUGUGUGCCAUUGGAGAAAAAGAGGAUGUUGUUGCUUUGUCUUAUUUUCUUACAUAAUGAAAUAAAAAACACUUGAAAGUUA